CGGAAGUUGUUUGGACUGCGGAAGUGUGCAGGCCAGUACGGGCGCUGGACUGAAACGAUCCGCCUCAGGUUUUUUAAUGUGAUCUGGUUUUGAUCCAGCUGUAUGUAGACCUCCGGGAGCGUCGGUUUACAGCUCGAUCGGCUUUUUUUCCUGUCCAGACCACACCGGACCAGGUCUGCCGGAUCAGGAGCUAAUUUUCAGCGUUGUAAUAUACAUGUUCCAGGUUGAGCUGUCGCAAUGGCGGACCACACUGAUGUCAGUCUGCAGCCGGAGGAGCGAGUCCGUGCGUUGACCAAGAAGGGAAGCACGGUGGAGGUCAAUGACGACGUGCCCCCACGCCGCUACUUCCGCUCAGGCAUGGAGAUGAUCCGGAUGGCUAACAUCUACACAGAGGAAGGCAACAUCGAGCACGCCUUCGUCCUUUACAAUAAAUAUAUUACGCUCUUUAUAGAAAAACUCCCCAAGCAUCGGGAUUACAAGACCGCUAACAUUCCUGAAAAGAAGGACACACUAAAGAAACUGAAGGAUGUUGCAUUUCCUCAAGCAGAGAUUCUGAAAAAAGCUCUUUUGAGGAGAUUUGAACAAGAUUAUGAACAAUAUCUGGUCAAAAAGAAAGCGGAGGAGGACGCCCUGGCGCAGGAGCAGUCCCGGCGGCGAGCGCUGGAUGCCGAGCGGGAGCGCGUGGUCGAGAUGCAGCGGCGGCAGCGGGAGCAGGAGCAGUUCAGUGCCUUCGAGGAGAUGAUCCGCCGCCAGGAGCUGGAGAAGGAGCGCCAGCGCGUGCUCCUCGAGUUCGCCACGCCCGCCGUGCCUUCUCCGGACACGCCCCUCAUCCCGGGCAUCCAGGGCCCCCCGCUGGUCUCCCCCAGCCCCCCGCAGAGCCCGGGGGACCUGUCCAGUGGCACCAACCAACAGUACAAUCACCCUCACGCGACCAACAGCACACCUGCCACCGGCCCGCCCAGCUUCGACCGGUCACUCAAGCCCGGGUCUCUGUUCAGCCCCUGGAACAACAAUACAAUGGUGGAUGCCCUUCGGCAGUUGGCUGUUCCCGCUGAGCUGUGCCGGAGCUUUCUGAGGCUGGCCGAGGCCAACACAAGCCGAGCUGUAGAAACUUGUGGCAUUCUGUGUGGCAAACUGACCAGAAACGCGUUUACCGUGACCCACGUCAUCGUACCGAAGCAGUGCGGCGGACCGGACUACUGCGACACGGAAAAUGAAGAGGAACUCUUUCUCAUACAGGACCAGUACGAUCUCAUCACCCUGGGCUGGAUACAUACUCACCCCACCCAGACAGCCUUCUUGUCCAGCGUCGACCUCCACACACACUGCUCCUACCAGAUGAUGCUGCCGGAGGCCAUCGCCAUCGUCUGCUCGCCUAAGUUCAAUGAGAUCGGCUACUUCCGGCUGACGGAUCGAGGAACAGAUGAGAUCUCCACGUGCAAACAGAAAGGCUUUCACCCUCACAGCAAAGAGCCCCCUCUCUUUACACAUGCGGGACAUGUCACCAUCACCAAUGACACUGUGUCCAUGAUGGAUUUGCGGUGAUUUUUUUUUUUUUUUUGUCCUUUUUCACCAGAACACUCACAGACUGUUUUAUCAAUCUGCAGACUGGAGAAAACACUCAUUUUUAUUUUCGAGACGGUACUGAGCAAAUGCCGGCCCCGAGUCUACCAUUUACAUGGACUUCAGUUGUUCUCAAAAGAAACGACAUUGUGAACUGUUUUUUUUUUUUUUUUUUUUUUUUGCUCUCUAAGAAAACUUCUAAGCAUUACUGCACUUUUCAAGCAAAACAACUACUAUGUACUUAAUGGACUGGCAAACCUCUGGGUCUCCAACCCUUUUGUUUUUGUGAAUAUGUGCUAUAGUUCCCUCCCGUUUAACCUUCUUCUUUUUUUUUUUUUUUUUUUGUCAUUGAUGAAAAUGUAUGUUUUUACAGUAACAGGUGAGUCUCUGGUGCCCCAGCAUUUGUUCCAUACUUGUCAAAGUUUGGUUCUGCCUGACAGAUAAAGUGCCAAGGAUGAGAACAUUCACUUGUCGUCGAGUUGUUCAUUGUGCAACACGAAGUUCAGUGUGAAGUCUGUAGUUUGUGAUCAGGUCUUUGUUGUUUUGUCUCGGUGUGUUUCCUUCAUAAGCUGCUGAAGUGCUACGAGUGAUGAGAGAAGUGAGAGCCAGUUGUAACUCAGGUAUGCAGGCAGUGCUGCUGUUGCUGCCCUGUAUUAUAUUUUUAUACACAAUCAUCAUCACUCCACAGUAUCAAUUAUCUAUAAAAGGGUUUGUUCGAAGUAAUUAAUUCCUGCUUAUGAUGGAUCCGCCUUCUACGUGGUUUUAUUUUCUUGUUCUUUGUUUGUGUUUCUGGGGAAAAAGGGGGUUGGUAGUACCUGUAUAAUCUGUCCCUGCUCCGGAGGACAUGUGUGCAACAGGCAAUGCGGAUGUGCUUCCGGUUACACGUUACUACAUAUUACUAACAACCUGGCCAGGGUUUACGCUUCUGGCGGUUUUUUGUUUGCCCGCUUCUCUUGUUAGAAGACGUAAAUGGUCAGCCAUCAUUGUGAGAAUACCCUCAAUGAAUACAAUGCCAAGACAAAAUAAACUUA